UCCAGAAUUUUAUGAAGAACUUGAGCUAAACGAGGAGCUUCCCCAGUAGACGCUUGUUCCUUUCACACCAGAUCAUAUGGAUAGCAGCCUGCUAUACCUUUGGUGAGGUUGCACCAAAUCCAGGAUGAGAACUCACAGGAAAAGAACAAAUGAUUUCUAGUUUCAGCCAAAUUUUUGCAAAGCACACACUGAUCGAGCUGGUAUAGCCAUGUUCCAUCGCACCAUAUGGUCCAUCGUACUGAGCCUAUUAUACAUCGCCAGCCAUGUUAUAGAGGAAUAUUUAGGCGUAGCUUGAGAAAACCAAACAACUUGCUCCCAACCACACUUCUGCACCCUAAUGAGCUCCCAAGUCUCAUAGGUAGAGAACAUAGUGUGAUAGUUAGAUCCUCUCUUCCAUAGACUAACAUCGUCUCCCUCCACCAUCAACUCUCUCGUGGAAUCAAGAAUGUCUUCAACUUCAUUAUAUUUCUGAACUCUGUGCCUCCUCCUCCUAUGAUGAAUAAUCACAUCAUUCACCGUGGCAUGCGAACUAACUCCCAUAUCAAUAAAACCUCUCUCACCAAAUAUAUCAAACAAAACUCCCACCUCCGACCAACAAUCAAACCAAAAAGAAGUACUCUUCCCAUUCUUAAUCUCUUUCUUAUAGAAAUCUCAAGCUAUGCUUAUGAGUUUAGUAAGCUUCUUCCACAUCCAUGAACCUUUAUUUCCUCUCACCCCAACCUCCCAUAACAUUUUCCCCACCAGCAUAUACUCUCUAAUCCAACUACUCCACAACAACUGUCCAGAGAGCAAGCGCCAUAUCAAUUUUAAACUAUUCACCAGAUUAACUUCUUUCAACCUCCUCAAACCUAGACCGCCCUCAGCCUUCGGCUUACAAACAUCAGACCAAGCAAUUUUUUCUUUAGAAGUUUUUAACUUAAGGCCAGACCAGAGAAAUGCAGCACACAAACUUUCUAUUUCCUUCAUACACUGACUUGGAAGUCUGAAAGCUGAAGACCAGAAGUUCACAAUGCUCAUUAGAACUGAUCUAAUAAGUUGUAAGCGUCCUGCAUAGUAGAUCUGAAGAUGCAGUUUCCUGAGAUGAUCUGUAUCAGUUCGCGAAGUACUACAGGAGGUACUACAGGCGUGUGUCAUAAAGAUGGAACUUAAUGAAAGUUUGGGUUUUGUGAUGUGUGUGGGCUCGCUGAGCUUGGAAAAGGAAAGAAGAUAUGUGCUUGAAGACAUAUGGACGUUUCCAUAAAGCAAAACGGAGUUUGCUUGAAGAUGAAGUUUUCCAUAAAGGAAAUGCAUGGAAAGUUACCUUAUGUGUAUUUGGAAGACUUGAAGAGCAAGUUGAAGACUUGGAGAGCGCGUUAAAGACGUGGAGAGCAAGUUCUGGUCUACUAUAUAAGGAGGGACGUGCCUUAUGAGAAAGCCAGACCUCAGAGAAUAAAGAGAGAGAGGUUUCCUUGGUGUGUGUUACUGCUUAGUGUCGAAGGACAUUCUGAAGCAUUGUCUGAUGGAGUCCGAUGUGGACUUAGUUUGGUGGCGUUGGAGUUGGCGCUUUGUGUGGUGGAGUUAGCCAUCCUGUGUAGCUCGUGUGAGCUUUGUGUGUGCUUAGGUGAUCAAGCGUUUUGGUGUCACUGAUGUGCGUUAGGUGCUGACGUACUUGGUGAAGUACUUCCGUUGAGGUGGAAGAUUGAAGUCUAGACUCAGGGGGAGUUUAGCAGAGGCGGUUUCAUUGAAGAGAUCUGUGAAGAUUGCAGCUGUAGAAGACAGUGUGCUCCGAUGCGUCGGAUGGUGAUCUAUGCAUGCGUGCUUGAUUCCUAAUCUCUGUAGAUUGCUACUUAGAAAAGAGUGGUAAACACUAGUGUGUGUGUUGUAUCAUAUAGCAAUUGUAGGUUGCUCCUUGUUCUACGUCAAUGAAAUCUGGACGAGGUCCCGGGGAUGUAGGAAACGAACCCCGUUAACAAACUUUGUGUGUUUUACUUUCUGCACUUGUUUUUCCUCGCCUCAUCUGUACUAACAAUUGACGUGGUUUUCAAGUCGGUUAUGAUGAGUGCACAUGCAUAGUCAAAAAGGGGGAGAUUGAAGAUGCAGUUUCCUGAGAUGAUCUGUAUCAGUUCGCGAAGUACUACAGGAGGUACUACAGGCGUGUGUCAUAAAGAUGGAGCUUAAUGAAAGUUUGGGUUUUGUGAUGUGUGUGGGCUCGCUGAGCUUGGAAAAGGAAAGAAGAUAUGUGCUUGAAGACAUAUGGACGUUUCCAUAAAGCAAAACGGAGUUUGCUUGAAGAUGAAGUUUUCCAUAAAGGAAAUGGAAAAUUACCUUAUGUGUAUUUGGAAGACUUGAAGAGCAAGUUGAAAACUUGGAGAGUGAGUUAAAGACGUGGAGAGCAAGUUCUGGUCUACUAUAUAAGGAGGGACGUGCUUUAUGAGAAAGCCAGACCUCAGAGAAUAAAGAGAGAGAGGUUUCCUUGGUGUGUGUUACUGCUUGGUGUCGAAGGAUAUUCUGAAGCAUUGUCUGAUGGAGUCCGAUGUGGACUUAGUUUGGUGGCGUUGGAGUUGGCGCUUUGUGUGAUGGAGUUAGCCAUCCUGUGUAGCUCGUGUGAGCUUUGUGUGUGCUUAGGUGAUCAAGCGUUUUGGUAUCACUGGUGUGCGUUAGGUGCUGACGUACUUGGUGAAGUCCUUCUGUGGAGGUGGAAGAUUGAAGCUUAGACUCAGGGGGAGUUUAACAGAGGCGGUUUCAUUGAAGAGAUCUAUGAAGAUUGCAGCUGUAGAAGACGGUGUGCUCCGAUGCGUCGGAUGGUGAUCUAUGCAUGCGUGCUUGAUUCCUAAUCUUUGUAGAUUGCUACUUAGAAAAGAGUGGUAAAUACUAGUGUGUGUGUUGUAUCAUAUAGCAAUUGUAGGUUUCUCUUUAUUCUAAGUCAAUGAAAUCUGGACGAGGUCCCGGGGAUGUAGGAAACGAACCCCGUUAACAAACUUUGUGUUUUACUUUCCGCACUUGUUUUUCGUCGUCUCAUCUGCACUAACAGGAUCAGCCUAGUUGUCCAGCUUUCUAUACGUGUUCUUAUUUUUUCAAUCAACGGAAUGUAAUCAUUCUUGUGCAUCCCUUUCGUCAGGAGAGUCAGGCCAAGAUAAAUAUGCAUCUUGACAUAACGAUUCUUACGUCUUCACACUACUGAAGUACGGGAACAAUUUUUUUUAUCACAUGAACACAGUAGCUUAACAGAGAAGCAGAUUUUUGGUUAUAUGCAACAUUUCUAACACUAAAGAAACAGGUAUCAGACCAAAAAAAUAUUUUAAUUUUUGUGACUUCUCAUCACUACAAUAGAUUAGGGUAAUUCACAAUGGACCAUAAUCUGUUAAAAAUUACUCAGGAAUUCCCCAACUAGAAUCGGCAAAAUGCAGUCCAUCGAAUCUCGUUGGAUCAAAAAUUCUCGAGAGAAACGAGUUCAUCGGAAAUCAAUUAGGAAAUUUUCCACAUUGAUCUAUUAAUAUUACCUCCCCUCCUUCACAACAAAUCACCAAAAAAAUAUGUUUUCUCCUGAUAAUUUUCGUUGGUCAAUGGAUAUACCUCCUACAGAUCCAAAGACAAAUUAAUUUACACAAAACUAUGCAAAUGGUAUUAGAAAAUAUAAAAUCAACAGGUCAUAUAAUUAGUGUAUAACAUCAUAUUGCAUAACAAACAAUCAUCGAAAAUAUAAAAUAUAUGUAUCCUAAAUGGAGUGAAUUAUAAAUUUUACAUUAACAAUAAUAGAAAUUUGGUUGUAUAAAUGUUUUUGAAAGUGUGUGGAGGUCAUAAACCUUGUUAAAUCAUUUGUAUACUGUCAUCAUAUAUUGUCGAUAUAUUAUUUCUUUUGUAAUACGAAACCUCAAAUCCUUCGGAAUUUUUGGGGUUAAUCAAAAAUAUGCCAGUCCGUCGGGAAUUUCACUUUGAUUUCUGAAGGAUUGGAAUAUAUUUCACUUCGGUUACUAUAAAUUAUUGGAAACAUAAAAUUUGAAUAUCUUUUUUAAAAUAGUGACGGAUUAUAGAAGGCAUAUUCCAUUAGGAAUUCCUUGGGAUUUUAUUUUGUAAUUGGGGGUUCUUUUCAGGUGUUUUUUUUGUUACAGAUAGAAUAUACCAUCCAUCGAAAAAAGAAAAAUAAAAACGGGAAAAUGAACACUAAAAUUUUGGUAACUGCCUAAAGUAAAAAAAUAUGUGGAAGGUUUUAAUAUAUAUACAAGAUUUUUACCUGCGCUUACGCUUUGAAAGCAAAUAAUUGUUGGGAAAUCUGUUUUUUUAGAGCAAAAAAAAGGUAACUAUGUCCCUUUAGACUAAUCUGUACUACUUUAUGUCCUAUUAGACUAAUUUUUUCGAAAAUGGCAGUAAUGCCCUUAAAAUUGUAAUUUUUUGAAAAAGAUAAAUAAUGAGUUCGACAAGCGGGAUCGAUCGAUCCAGAUUUACAAGUUACAGUGGAUCGCUCGAUCCCGAUAAUUAUUCAGAACAAAAAAAAACGCGAAAUAUAUACUGAUCGACCUGGUCCAUUUCACUCGAUCGGCGAAGGUCGAUUCCUUACAGAUCGACCGAUCCACUAAGAAUAGAUCGAUCGAUCCCGUGCCCAGGAAAGAAUCCCAAAUCGAUUUUUUUGGUUUUGUAUGAUUAUAUCCGGGUUGAUUCCCACUUGAUUUGAACCGACCAAGCAUGAUUUCAACUUUUUAAGCUCGAUUUCUCUGGGACAAAACCCUUAAUUUCCCAUUCACGAACAAAGGGAGAGAAAAUCAAAUUCUCACCCAAAGUUCAUUAACCCUAACUCACUCAAUUCUCUGAUUUGGACGAUUAUUUGGCCUAACUCAUACAAUUUCGUGAGCUUUUUACGAAUCUAUCACUCUUUAGUUCGUUCUGCAAAGGUAUGAAACUCUAUCUCCACUUCUUUUUAGAGUUUGAAAUUAGAAAGGUAAAAGGUAGAUUUUUGAGUUAGUUAAGAUAUUUAGACUUCAAUCAUGUGUUAAGGUGAUGAUUAGAGAAGAUUUUGUACACAAUCAUGGUUUAAAUCAUAUUUUCGGGAUAGAUUUAGGGAUUUUAGGUUUUUGUUAUUAAUAGAUAUAUGUUGUAUUGUUUUCAAAUUUCAGGUAUGGAGUUGGAGUUGCCUAAUCGUUUAUACGGUGAGGGAUUGGAACCUCAGGUUAAGAAGAUUAAUAACAGCUGCCGACUAAAACUUCUCGAGUUGCUAAAAGAAAAAAUGGAACCAGAAUUCGAUGAAGUUAUGAAAGAUCCCAUUUUUUCACAGAUUAUGGUUAUCCAGAAGAAUGAUCUGAAGUUUUCGGCGAGGUUGGUACACUCUUUUUUGUGUAAGGAGUUGAUGACAAGCAAGAGACAUGAGAAGUGGUUCACUUUCGCUAGGAGACCUCUGCGUUUUGGAUUGCAAGAGUAUCAUGCUGUCACUGGUCUGAAAGUGAAGCGAGAGAAUAACAGUGGGCUAGUGACAUGGAAAGACGAUAAUGGUUUUUGGAGCAAGCAGAUAAAGACAAAUGGAAAAAUAAAUUUGCAGAUCAUAAAAAAGAAGCAUUUGGAAGAGAGCAAUACCUGGACUUGGGUUGAUAGGGUGAGACUGAUAUAUCUUUGCGUUAUUAUGGGUGUGGUGAUGGGAAAGGAUGAGAAGGUGAAUAUCCCGCAUCUGUACAUGAAGUUGGCGAUGGAUUUGGAGAAGCUUCGGAAUUAUCCAUGGGGUCUGUAUUCGUUUGAUUUCCUUCUGAAGCAAAUUGAUAAAACAAGGCAUAAAUUAGAGCAGAAAGAGGGGUAUCUGAUGGAAGGAUUCUUGUUUGGUUUCCAAAUUUGGAUAAUGGAAGCUGUUCCUGCUUUAGGAGAGAUUUGUGGCACAAAAGUCAGUAAAGAUUUUACAGGUCCACUGUGUGGUAAUUGGAGAGGAUGUGCAAAAUGUUCUUAUGAAGAUAUCAUUGGCGUUGAGAACUUAUUCCCAGAAAACGGAAUUUUGCAUUCAUUCAUGGAAUCCCACAUAGAUGGAGUGGUCCUUUUGGCAACUGAUUUUGUACAGAAGGAUGAGAAGAAAGAUGAAAGAGUAGAUCGUAUUUUAGAUAUGAUCAAUAGUAAACAUGAUUGGAACAAUCAUGUUUGGGGAGUAAAAGAAGGUACGAACUCUGAAUUUGAGGAAUCUGGCGAAGAGAAAGGAGAGGAUCAAACAGCUGAUACUGAGAGAGGUGAAAAUAGUCAUGUUGCAGGGAAUGUUGAUGGCACAGCUGAUGUUUCGGGAAGAAACAAGAGAAAGCAUGCAGACCGAGGAGCAGAGUCAAGGAAAAAGAAUGUUUUGUGCCACCUAGCUGCUUCAUCAAAAGGAAAUAUUGACACAGAUAUGAAAAAUUUCUUGGAGGAUCUGGUACAAGCUUCUUUUACUGCUUUUGGGGAGAAAUUCUGUCAGCAGUUCUCGGACAGGUUGGGUAAGAUUGAGACUGAGGUUACACAACUCAGGACAGCUUCAGAGAGAACUGAGCAAUUUGAGACCGUUGUAACCGACAGAUUGGGGAAAAUUGAGGCUGAGGUUACACAGCUCAGGACAAGUUUAGUGGUGACUGAAUUGGUGGGAAAGAGUGAUCAAGCAAGCGGUCCUAGCUUGACCAAAAUCAACAGUGGUCCUAGCACCAGCAAAAAAGGAACUGCUCCAACAAAGAAAAAGGCUGUAAAAAACCAAGAGUUAAAGACUGCUGAUUCGUGUGUCAAUUUACCUCGUGCAAAAGUUACUCAAUCAUCAGCUAGUGAUCUUCGUAUGGGUACACAAGAGUUUUUGGAAAGUUGCAUGAAGAACCUUCCAUUAGACACAUUUGUGAAAGGUUUGAAUCCUUCUCAAGCUAAAGUCGAAGAUUCAUUGGAUUGGUUGGAACUUCCUAAAUCAUUGAAGAAGCCAACAGAUUCAUUGGAACUUCAAAAAUCAUUGAAGAAGCCAGCGGUCCGAUUAGAUGACCGAGAUAUAGAGCUAGACGGCGAAAAUUUCCCUGAUCGCUGCUUGGUGUUUGUGCAUCCUACAGAUUUUAAGAAGAUGCAGGACUGGCAAGAUACACGAACAGCUAUACAGAUUGGUCCUUCUAUGUUAGACGGUGAUCUAGCCGGACGUAUUAUGUCUGCCAGCAGUUGGCUUAAAAACUACGAAAUUGAUGCUAUAAUGUAUGUUUUCCGGGAAAGAACAACAUUGAAACGAUGGAACGUAGAUCGUGUUGCUUUCAUGACAUGCGUCUUCAGCGACCUCAUUGCUAAGGAUUACCAGAAUUUCUGUAAGGGAAUUAAAAAAUACACUAUGGAUCCAUUACUACUGCAAUACGGUAAAGGUGAACUGCCUUCCCAUGGAAGAACACAAAUGUUGUGGAAUGUCGAUGUGGAUCGGAUGUACGUUCCUGUCUGGGUCAAUUGCAACCAUUGGAUUGCUUUAUGCAUCAGUUUUGUGACUAGGAAUAUCCAGGUGUUUGACUGCGGGGGUAAAAAAAAAAUCAAGGAAGUGGAAGCUUUCGCGCAGCUUAUUCCUCGGAUUGUCAAGGCCGUGCAGUCAUUGACAAUACAGAAGCAUCUCCACAUCACUCCGUACAAUGUUUCCUAUGUACCUAUGAGUGGUCUUAACCGACUUCAAUGUCAUUGUGGUGUGUACACUAUAAAACACAUCGAAUGCCACGUGCUUGGGUUGGACAUAUUUAUGGUGAAUGAUGAGAACAUCUGGGGAGCUCGGAUAAAGAUUAUGUGGGAUCUAUGGGAAGCAGCUAAUGAUCUAGAACUGAUUGAGAGAAUGUCAAAGUAUGAACCUAUUAAGUGUAGUAAGCCUGCCGAGUAUGUUGAGAUUGAUGAUUUAUGAUUUAUUGUUGGUUAUGCUUUUUUAAACUUAUUUUGUAAUGAUUUUAGGAGUUUGUGUUUUAAUGGUUUUUUUCUAUAUACAGUACUUGAUCUUACAAAAUAAAAGACAACAUUAACAAUUGCGAAUCCGGUAAAUCUAAGUAUAUCGAUCGAUCUGUUCCAUUACGCUCGUUUGGCAAAGCUUGAUCAGAGGCAGCUGAUAUGACUAGAGACGACGCAGAAAAUGAACCAUCUGAUGAAGCAACCGAUGAAGAGCGAGGUUCACGCCUCCAUAGGAGCAGACGAGCACCAGGACAGAGUAGGAGCUGCAGUCCUGACGACCACCAAUGAUCAGUAUCAGUUAUAUCUUUCCAUUGUAUUCCACCGGUUUUUUAAGUUUUCUGCGCAUUUCGAAUUCGGAUCUCGAUUGUUUGCAUGUUUUAUU